AUGAGCACCAUCAGCGAUCGCAAUGCGCCGCUGUCUCCAGUUUCUGUAGGCGGCAGCGAGUGGUCCUUCUCCCGGUACCAGGCCAACGACGACGGAUCCUUUCCCAACCGCGGAAACCUCGUCUCGCCUCCCACCUCUGGAGGCUCCUCGGGAACCAUGAGCAUGAAUGGCUUUCCUCCGGGGCCUACAAACACGGGGGGCCCGUCCCCGCCGCCGUCUGUCGGCCGAUCCAGCAAUGGCAUGAACAUGUACGCCAGGAGCGAGGCCGGGGGCGAGUCGCCAACCGCCGCCAACCUCGACGAGGGCGUCCUCUCGGAGCAUUACGUUGCCCUGAGGGUUUUCCUCACCUCGCGCGACCCAAACGCCAAGCCGCAGCCCAACAAGGCCCGCGACAAGCUGCUACGACUUUCCCCCGUCCAAUUCUUCGAGUUGAGUACCGAUGUCUACGACGAAUUGGUGCGCCGCCAGGCCGCAGCGCGCAUUCCGCCAAAUGCGCCCAACGUGCCGCCGUCCUUUCUGCUGCCGGAGAAGACGUUCCACCCCAAGCGAAACCAAGCCCGUCAGAGGCUGUCGUCACUGGGGCCUCCUCGAUUUCGAGAUCUGGCCGCCGAUGUGUUCCACGAGCUGGAGCGCAGAUUCCCGCAUUUCGUGGGCAACGACAUCCCACGCGGUGGAAGCUCCAUGUCCAAUAGAGGCGGCCCGAUGAAUCGCACAGGGACUCCCGUCAGCGGCGAAUACCCACCCAGAUCACAGAGUCGCAUGCGAAGGCCGUCCAAUGCCAGCUCGAUCAGAGGACCACCGCCCAUCGACCCAUAUGGUGUGCCUCCAUCGCCCAGCAUUCCCAAUGGCAACUACGCUCGACCAAUGCCGCGACACCCCACACAGAACAACACCAUUGUUCCCAAUAAGAGUACAAUGAUAGAGGAAGACGACGAUGGUACAGACGCAUACGGAGCCGCAGAUGGCCCCGAUAAUGGAGAAGCAGAAAAGAAGAUUAUCGAGGAAUACGAGGCGCAAGUGAAGGAUUUGAAUACCAAGAUCUCGAGCAUGGAAGAAGAAAUCAAGAAAAAGGAAGAGGAAAUGAACACUUUGCGCGAUAACCACCAGUCACAGGCUGCGGCAAAGGAUGAAGAGGAACAGGCCCGCUCAGACCUCGAAGGAAAACUGACAGAGGCAGAAAAGCUCAGCAUCUCGCUCAAGCAAGAGCUGGAGCGCGUGCGCGAAGAACAUGAGCAAGAGACCAAACAACUUCGGGAACAAGUUCGACAAAGCGUUGGCAUGAUGUCUUCUACCAGUGUAAACGAGGAUCUGCAGCGAGAAAAUGACGAACUGCGCCACUCUCUCCAGCAACAGCAACAAGUGACGGAAGAAGCGCGAGCUGAAGCCCAGGAGUUUCUGCGCGAGAUGCGGCAGCUUUCCCUGCAAAGCGGUUCCACAUACGAGAAACAGGCGGCGCUUGAGAAGACUAUCGAGCAGCUCGAGAAUGAGGUUCGAGACUGGAGAGAGCGCUACGCAAAAACCAAGACUCAGAUCAGGAGCCUGCGAGGUUCUUCCGCCGGAUUCAGCGUGGAUGGAGAUUCCAUCAAGCUGCCGAGCGACAAUACUCUACUGGACGAGAAUGGGCGAGUCAGGGAUGUCCACGUUACCAAAUACCAAAUGGCCAUCGACGAACUCUUGCAAAAGGUCCGCGAUGAUCAUCCGGAAAACGUCAUUGAUGCCAUGAAAGGGGUCGUAGUCAGCGUCCGACGAAUUACGAGAGACUUGGACGAGUCCGCGCCCCGUGGAAAUGAGGCAGCUCAGCAGCAACAGGGAAAGCUCCGGGCUCGGAUUUCCGCCACCGCGAACCACUUGAUUACCGUCUCCAAGAGCUUUGCCGCAAGCUCUGGCAUUACACCAAUCUCCCUUGUUGAUGCAGCGGCGUCACAUCUCACAGUCGCCAUUGUUGAGAUUCUCCGAGUUGCCAAAAUCCGACCAACACCUGCUGAAGAGCUGGAGGAUGACGAGGACGGAAACGCAACACCCAUCGACUCCAGUGGCUUCUUCUCCCCGCGCAGCGUUGCUCGAGGGUCGACGACUCACGAGGGCCUACCUCCAGCUCCUGCUUUCAAAACCCUUGCCAACAUCAGGGCGAGCAUCGAAUCUUCGGCCUAUAGCCCCGUCAACUCUCCGCGGACAUCCAUGGAUGCGUAUGCAAACAACGGACACGGCGAGGAGCAUCACGACGGCCAAAUCGAAGGUCUGAAGACGUACCUUGAAGAUCAAAACGCCCUGUUAAUACCCGACAUCCAUAACGUGGUCAACUGUGCCCGCGCAGAUGGCGAUAUCCGCCAAAUCUCUACGCACGUUGGCUCUGUCAGCGGCAUCGUGAGUCGCAUUGUCUCGGAAGCCCAGAAAUACGGUCGUGGCAACCUAGUAGUUCGCCUAAGCGAUGGCCGAGACAGCCUUGUCGAAGCCAACCGUCGAGGCCAGGACUUGGCGGAUUCGGAAGUCGAAGAAAAGGAAUGGAAAUCUUGGACCCAGACACUGCCACCAAUUGCUUUUGAGAUUGCUCGGGAAGCCAUGGAACUUGUUGAGACUGUGGAGGAGCUUGCAGCGGCGUCACAAGAAGCAGAUGAUUUUUCAUGA